GUGAGUACAAAGUGCUGCUUUGGCAAAUCAGAAAUCGCUUUACUCAGUGGACAAGGCAUGCCUGAAGACGUGAGUGUUGUAGUGGUGGGUUCUUGUAUGACCGACUUAGUAAGUAAUGCAAAGAAGAUAUUUAUUUUUGGAUCUCAGGGAUCUGGGGGGGAGUGUAACUUGUCACCAUCCUGGACAGGUAAACAGUCAGGCACCAAGACUUCCCAAGGCUGGAGAGACGAUACAUGGACACAAGUUCUUUAUCGGUUUUGGUGGUAAAGGGGCCAAUCAGUGUGUCCAAGCUGCACGAAUGGGGGCCAAGACUGCCAUGGUGUGCAAGGUCGGCAGAGACGUUUUUGGGAACGACUACAUUCAAAACUUCAAAAAUAAUGGCAUAUCGACUGCCUAUGCAGAACAGACUGAAAAUGCUGCGACUGGAGCUGCCUCUAUCAUUGUAAAUGACACAGGGGAAAAUGCCAUAGUGAUUGUCGCUGGCGCUAAUAUGCUUCUGGGGCAAGAGGAGCUACAGCGGGCACAAUCUGCCAUAGUAAAUGCCAAGGUGCUCAUUUGCCAGCUUGAGAUCAACCCAGAUGCAUCACUGCAGGCCUUGAGAAUGGCCAAAGAGAACCACGUGAAAACCAUUUUUAAUCCAGCCCCUGCUGUUGCAGACCUGCAUUCUGAUUUCUACAAAGCAUCUGAUGUUUUCUGCUGCAAUGAGUCUGAGGCAGAGCUGUUGACGGGUCUCUCUGUUAUCACAGUGGAGGAUGCCAGUCGAGUAGGCCUGGAGCUGCUAAGCAAAGGUUGUGGUUCAGUCAUUGUCACCUUGGGGCCACAGGGCUGUGUGGUGUGUCAGUCCACAAACACGGUCCCUAAACACAUUCCCACCACUGCGGUCACUGCUGCGGAUACCACGUCAACGAUUCUUCUGAAAAUUACUUCACGGUCAUAUGGAAAGAUGACUUCCAGGAAAAACAUCAGUCUCUGGGAGCAGGCGACAGCUUCAUUGGUGCUCUGGCUUUCUACAUGGCCCACUAUCCCACAAUGCCGCUGGAAGAGAUGGCCAGGAGAGCCAACCUCGUCGCAGCAGUGUCUGUACAAACUGUCGGCACGCAGACAUCUUUUCCAUUUCGGAAGGAUCUGCCAACUGAACUAUUCUGAAGGUGAAGCCAAGGUUUCAUCACCGUUAAUCUGUGCACAGUGUCCACAGAAUUACUGUUUGUAUAAUAAACAAUACCAAGUACUGGAGUGUUCUUAAAAAUGUAAUUUCCAAGCAUUAUUCAUUUGUUAAUGAUUAUAUCAUUAUAUGAUAUAUAACAUGUUUAAAUAUCUCUGAAAAUUAAAGUCACAUUUAUUUGUAGAGCACUUUCCAGAAUUCACUAUUAAGAGAUUUAUAUACUGGUCAGUUUUGUUCAAAGCAAGAGUAAGCAAUUCUCAAAGGGCAGUAGUAAAAAUACUGGGAGAAAGUUAAGGAAUUUAAAUAAUGUUGUAUUUAUGAGUAAAUUCAGAAUUAAUAUAAUGUGAUGGUGUUCCUUACUGUGGUUGAAAGUUGCAUGAUAAAGAUUUUGGUUGAAAAUUACAAACCAUGUCAAUAUACAUAAAGUACAAACAGCACAGCUGGUUUUCUAUAUUUUAAUUGGUGUUAUUUUGUGCUAACAAUUAUGUACACAGAUCUCAUUUUUUCUACAAAAUAAAUUUUGCUGGCUAAUUAUCCCAACAAAUCCA